ACGCCUCUAAAGAAAACCGGAAACUCUUUGUUGAGGAAGAAGUAGUUAGCAACCUAGCUACCAUCACCGAAGAUUUUUUUUAAAGUUUCAUAUUCGUCGUUAUUAGAGCGAAAGUCUCUCCAAAUCUCAACAAUGUCGGGAUCAUCCAACAUCGUAGCGAUGAAGAAAAUCGUCCAACAGUUACGCCUUGAAGCAGGAAUUAACAGAGUCAAGGUGUCCCAGGCGGCCGCGGACCUGCAGCAGUUCUGCCUUCAGAAUGCCCAGCAGGACCCUCUGCUCACCGGCAUGUCGUCCAGCAACAACCCGUUCAGACCACAGAAAGUCUGCUCCUUCCUAUAGCACCCUCACACCGACCCUCAACCUCUGUUUUGGACAUUGUGGUGCCUUGUGGAAUUGGGCUGCAGGAUCCUGCAUCAUGGACUGGAAUUGUCUCAGGAGUGUUAGGGAAUAUGGGGACAAACUAACUUAAAGUUUUUUUUUUUUUGUUUUUUUUUUUUUUUUUACUUUUUGCCUUUGUAAAAUCUCAUACAGAAACAUUUCCAGGUGCUUAGGUGGCACAAUAGAUGUCUUAACCUACUUGCUUUAAAAUAACUAAUCCAUAUCAACACACGUGCCUUUUGAAUUGUACAUUUUUUUCAUGACUCAUUUUGAGGAAAAGAAAAUAAAUGGUAUUUCCACAUUUUAAACUUUUAUUAAAAUGAGUAUACACACAUGUAGACAUCUG